UUUUACACAAGCGUCAGCUUUUGCGGCUCCCUUCUCAAGUUUGGACCGUUCCAUUCACAACUAACAGCCGUUUCCCCGAAGUGGACAUCUGCAUUGAGAGGGAGCCUCUGCCACUCAGCACGCACCAAGACAAAUAAAACAAAAUAAAAUGCCUGGACCUGCAGUCAGUGCAACCAAUGUGGGGGCGUCGAGCCGUUCCCCCAGCAAGACAGUGGCCCCCCGUGCAGCAGGCUCCACAGUCAGACAGAGGAAAGCAACCAGCAGCGGUACCCGAAGUGGUGGCAGGACCACUGGAUCGGCCGGUACCGGGGGAAUGUGGCGCUUUUACACCGAGGACUCGCCGGGUCUCAAAGUCGGCCCAGUGCCAGUGUUGGUGAUGAGUCUGCUCUUCAUCGCCUCUGUAUUCAUGCUUCAUAUCUGGGGCAAAUACACCCGCUCUUAAGCCCCAGCCUGAUGACUUCUGACCCGGCGCCUCGCCAUCUUAACACAUCGGACCAGGACCAAAACCCAGACAACCCCCUCCAACUUACACACUCACCUGUACAAAGCGCGCCAAACUGGAUUAUUGUGCAAGACGCUUCGGCUCCCGCUGUGUCCCCCAUGUGCCGAUUGCUCCCAUCACCACUGCGCAAACGCCCAGUGCAGCGCUUAAGGACAAUUCAGUUGAUUUCAGGCAAACCCCCAAAAAUACCUGAAAUACAUUUAAUAGGAUUUUUUGUGAAUUUCUAGCGCAAAUAAGAAAAACUAUCCAAACAAAGGCCCAUUGGAUUCCAUAAUCAAUAAAAGAAAAUUUAAAUCCUCAACAACAACAAAAACCGAAUUCAAUAUAAAUCAUGCUAAAAAUUGAAAGUCAAAAACCUUUUCAAGUCCUUCCACUUCAGACGUCGUUCACAGUAAUGAGUCUCUCUGUUAGUUUCUGUAAUUUGUUGAAUUCAGUCAUCAUACAACAUGGAAAAGAAAACAAAUGUACAGUGUUUUUUUUAUUGUACAAUUAAAAAAAAAAAAAAAAAGGAACAAAAACAAAGUGUGAUUUUUCUUUUUGACUAUAUUUGUUGAGUUCAAAGCAAAGUUUCACCAACAGUGACAAUUGGUUCCACUAACUUGGACUACAUUUUGUUUCAAAAUAUUCAGUGUUGUUUCAUGGCAGCCCUUAGAAAACAUGUAUCUCAAAUGUUAAACCAAAAACCUGUAUUUUGUCCCUCAGUUGUCAUCCUCCCAAAAUGAUGUCAUUGUCUAUUAAUGACCAUUCAUUUGAAGUGUUUGAACACAACCUAAUAUAUAUUUUUAAAUAAAAAAGUGUUCAUAAUUUGA